GUUACGCAGAGAAUUCUCCCGUCCCGCCGAAACUUCAAUUCAAAUCGGUAUCUUGAAUCAGAUAAUAUAACCGACACAGACAGAAAAUCUUUAAUCAGUUUCUGAACUCUGUUUGAAGAAAAAGAAAAGAAAUGGAAAAUAUUGAGAUCGAGACCAACGCAGAGACUAUGGAUAAUUCGGUGAUCUUCCAUGUCAUAAAAGAUGUUAUGGGCUUCAUCCUCUACAUGCACCAGCAGAUCCCUUCCGUUUUUCAAGAUAUUGGCCUAGAAUUCGACGCCCUGAAAGAUGAGUACCAUGAACUGGAGAUGGAUCUUGCACAAGCUGAAUCAAACGCAUCUGUUCGAAGAAAGCAUAUGGGCAAAAUUAGAGAGGUCAAAGGUAAAAUUAGGAGAUUGGAGAAGUUAAUGUAUACAGUUAGUGGCCUUGAAAGUGCAUUAAAACUGAUAAUCAGUGAGAUUCCUAGCCUUGAGAGUUUCAUUUUGGUCGUGGGAGCUAGUCCGAUACGACCCCAGCAUGUGUAUGAGUUGUGCUUUUCACGCGGAAAAUCGAUCUUAAGAGAUGCAAUUGAUUUCACUAAAACCAAAGCAGCAGAAGGGCUUUCAAGAAAGGCUAUUCGAGCAUUGAUAGCUAAGGGUGUUGGGUCUGAUUCUUACCCAGGUUCUACUAAAUUGUUUCUAUUGGUAAAAGCUCCAUCUUCUUUUACUCUGCCCCCGCAUUUUCUUCCAAAACGUGGCUUCAGAUAUAGCAAAAAGAUAACGCCUGUCAGACUGCAACUCAAGUGCAAAAGCCAAAAUCUGAAAAUGGAUAUUCCUGAUAGUGCUUGUCAAACGAGCAGUUCCAUCAACUUGGGGGAUUCGACUUCAAAUGAAUUUAUAUGGUUUCAGUGUCGUCAAGUUGUGAAGGGGCUUGCAUUUGCAACUCCAACGGAAGAAUGACAAAGUUUCCUUUCUCUGCCUCUUGAGUUAUUCUUGGCAUCUGCGUAUGACAACUAUUACUGAAAACUUUAUCCUAAAGCAACAGCAACAUGUAAAAAAGAUUGGGAUGCAAAGUUAUUAAGGAUAACCUUGCCGGCGUGAUAUCUGCAGGCCUAUUUCAUGGGCAUUGAGAUUGAGAGCUUGAACAACACGCGCAGGUAAAAGAACAGGAGAGCAAGCUGCAGAGUCAUGGCAGACAUUAGCGUACGUGCUAAUUUUCUUACUGAACGUUUAAUUUGGUAGGUUAUGAUCAGUUCGUUUUAUUUGCAUUUUCAGUUACUAUGCCUGAUUACUCUGUAAUCAUCCUCCCCCACCCCAAACCUUUCUUCUUCUUUGACUUAUUUCAAUUAAUAAAAGAGAUUAGCAGAGCA